AACCCCAAUUCCCAACAUUAUGCGACAUUUCCCCUAUAAAUAGAGAGCCAGUCCCAAGCUCCAUCUCUCGUGCAGUUUACAAUGAACUACUCUACGCACUUUCUCCUCCUGGUACAUGUUGCAGUGGCAGCAUCCUACUCUAACAUUCUGUCCCAGCUCCAGGUAUGCAAAAGAUCGGAUCCGAAUCUGAACGGGUGCCUCAGGACUGCAAUCCAGGCGGCGCUGCCUCUGCUGAAGAACGGCGUGCCCGAAAUUUCGUUCCCGUCAAUGAAUCCGAUCAAAAUCGAAAUGGUGUACAUCAACGCCGAGCCGCCGAUGGAUUUCGACCAGGUGUACAGCAACAUUGAGCUUCACGGACAUGCCGAUUCGGUAAUUACCGACGUCAGCACAAGAAUCGAUGAGAAGAACGUGAUCAUGGCGAUCAAAGGCGAGUGCAACACGGGCACGCUGUCAAUGGGACUGGAGUACAAGGAUGCGAUCGUCUUCGGAUUUGACCUCAGUGGCAAAGGACGAAUGGAACAAAUCCACCAUGACUACCACUUCCUCAUUUACAUCGAGGGUGAGCUUAAGCCUAAGGCUAAACACCUUUCAAUUAGAAACGUGACGGUGGAUGUCGAUCUGAAGGAUUUUUCGAUUACGGUCGACCUCUACGGCAACCAACAGUUGAGCAAGACCGUGAGUAAGGUGUUUACUGACAACUCGGCUCUUCUGUAUGGGGCAGUACGGAAGGAGGUCGAAGAGAUCUACGGCGCGGCGUACGGGAACUUGGUGAAAAGGUUGUUUGCGAAAAUCCCGAUUGAUGAAUUGCUUCCCAAGUAAUUGACAUUCCUAGUCCUUCCCAUGAAAUCUCGAGUUCCACCCCAAUCUCCCACGUACCUCCCCUAAACCUAGAUUUUGUUGAGUCUUAGGCACCAUAAAUCCGUGAACCUACUUGGAUCUGCUUGACUAUGAGCUUCCGGUUUGCCAAAUCUUUGUACCUUAGACUCAAAAUGGACUCUGGAACUGUCGGCAACGGAAUGUUGGAUCUAAAAAUCUUUGAAUCGUUUUGACAUUUUUACGCGUUCUUUACACCCCACCCCAGCGUCCUCGUCGGUCCAUUUGAAUCCUUGUAAUCCUUCAGGAACUGUUCCAAGCUCUGCCAAGCGUUCAUUCUAAAGGUUUCUAACGCCUACGGGUCCCUAUUGAAUAUUCCCCAACCUUCAGAAAGCUUUUUGAACCUCCACAAAUAUUCUUGAAAACUCUCUUGAAACUGUAUAAACUAAUUAAUAAUUGUUCUUGUUCUUUUUCUCUUCUUUCCUUUUUAAUUCAAUGUGUAGAUUAAAUAA